UGCACACUGACGGGGACGGGUGUCGGAAGUGGAGUUGCACCUAAACCAAAUCCAUCAAUAAUAUAAUAAUUGCCAAGAUGAUGGAGGCAACCACCGAUCCAGCUGUGCAGGAGUCUGUGGGUAAACAAAUGCCAAGAGAUAUCAGCGAUGAUGACAUCUUUAAACCAAAGAAUCAACCAACCACUGAGACAAUCAUUGCAGAACCCCAUGCUGAAAAGACGGACCUGAGCAAGGACGACCAGCCGGCCGAGGGCAGUGACGAUGCGGAGCGGCCGGACCCGGAGCCGGAGGAGGAGGAGGCCUCUUCGGACGCCUCCAGUCCGGAGCCGACGGGGCCGCUGCAGCCCCUCUACUCGGUCCUCUUCACCGAUGAGGUCACUAAGAGCGGUGACGUCAUCUGCUAUAGGAUACAGGUUACCAAGACGGGACCGCCACAGCAGAGCUGGCGGAUCGAGCGUCAGUUCGAGGAUCUCGAGUAUCUGGAGCAGUGUCUGUCGGGCGGAGGCCGCAGUCCGGGGGUGAUCCUGCCCCCGCUGCCGCCGCGACCGGUCGCCGAUCCGCAGCAGGCUGAGCAGCGCUCGCGGCGACAACUGGGUGCCGACACGGCUCUGGUUCUGGGAGACGACUGGCAGCGCGACUGCCGGCUCAUGGAGAGGUACCUCCGCCUGCUGCUCCGUCACGAGGUGCUGGGCCGUGACCCGGCCCUGGAGUCGUUCCUGGCCGCCGGCGAGGCGCCCGUGCGCACCCUGGUGCGUCGCUCUCUGCUGACCCGACUGCAGGACGGCCUGACCGGUUCGCGGGCCACCCAUCCCGACUGUGACGAGUUCUUUCAGCGGGAGCGUGUCAAACUGAACGAGUAUGAACCGGCGCUGCAGCGGGCGGCAGAGGCGUUCAGCGCAGUGGUCUUCGCGCAACAGAGACUAUCAAAUCAAAUCAACCACCUAGCGACGGCUCUGAAUAUCGGCGUGGGGAGUAACGAGGGCUGGAACGGGCUCUACCACAAGCUCAACGUCCGGUUCUCGGGCGCGUUGCAGGAAUAUAAGCGCGGCGUGGACCUCAGCACGGCCAGUGCGGACGGCACCCUGGGCCAGACCCUGGAGCUGCACGCGCGGUACGUGCGCUCAGAGACCGACAUGCUGUACCGGCGAACCGGGCUGAUGAUGGAGUACGAGGCGGCCAACCGAGGCCUGGAGAAGACCAAGGCACAGCGACGCUCGGCGGCAGAGGAGGCGAAACAGCGAGCGGAAGAGGCCUUCGAGGAGUGUUCCGACACGGCCAAAAGCGAGAUCCGCGCGCUGCAGCGUCUGCGCUCCACGGAUAUCCUCUCUGACAUGGCGGAGCUGGCGCGAUCCCAGAUCCACGCGGCGCAGAUCCUGCGGGCCGAACUGGGCCGUCACCUGGACACCAUUCGUCAGUUCACCGUGCCGGAGCCGGGGCAGCUGAGACGGCGGCGCUAGGGCCGCCCCCCGCCCCCGCCCCCGCCUCCGCCGCCGACAGGGAGGUGGCUUCAGAUCUACAGCGGCGGCUGGUCCGCCGGAGUCGAAUAAUGGGACGGUGCUUAUGACAGAGAAGAGAGGUGCCGUGAUGGACUCGGGCUGGAGGUGAAAACUAGUGUCUGGGAUCAGCAUGCUUUUGUACAAUAGCUCGUCUGGUGGUUCGUCGUUCAUUGCUAGUGUCCCACCAUUCGCUGAGUGACAAGGCAGCCUGUGAAGUGAAACCAAACUCAGUAGACGAUGACAUUCCGGUAUAGUGCGGCCAAAGAGCGUUCCCUGACGACUGGACGACUGGCACGGCUCCAUCGCUCAGUGAAAUGGAUUUUCCAAUCUGUCAUCAAGGCAUCCCAACCCGAUGGACCAGUGGUGUUUAACUAUGCGUCGCUAUGAACGCCAAUUCGCCUCAGACGCCAUGUUACGCCGUUUUCGAGCAGUGACUUCAAUAAGCCGCCUUUUGGGGCUACCGCGAUACGCUUCUAUACGAAUCACCGUGUCUUGGGCUGGAGUGGUGUCUUUGCUAGGUACUCAAUCGCCGUCGCGCUGAAUCUUGCCGGGACUGCGGAGCAUUUACGCUUGGAGAAAGAGCAGUGUGAUGAAAACGGAUGAAGUGGUUCAAACGAAAGGAUCACUAACUCCGGUAGUUACUGUGUCAGAAGUGACCACUAUAUUUAUCAAAAUAACUAUUUUGAACACAGUAUUUCGGCGUCGACUUUCGAGGUGUGCAUUGGAUGGCGUUUCGGUACCGUUGUUGGAUCAUUUUUCGAGGUUCAGCGUAGCAUGACAGAUAAUAUGAUCAUUCAAGUUUGCUAUUUGUGCAUUCCAUGUAGCCCUUUAGCGUCUAUCCGACCUGUCCAUGAGAUGGCGAUGGAGGCGAGCGAAUCCCCCACCCUGGUGAGGUAAGCCGUCUCAGGGGAACGUAAUUACUCCCCUUGUAGCCUUGUUAUCUCGAUAAGACUGGAAGUGGCGGUCUGGUAGGCACGUAUGCUAAGUCGCUCAGGACUUGAGGAGAUUUCGAGGCCGAAAGUUGCCGGUGCUCGAGCGUAGUUGGGCGCUCGUUGUGUUUUGACGUAGACGUCUUGCUGUCUAGAGUUGUGAGAAUUUUGCCGCGUGGUAGGACGUUGAUUGUUUGCUUGUCAUGGUUUGUGAUCGAUAGGCAUGUAUGGUUCCUUGUUUAAAUUAAGCAUAGCGAAAACUUGUGCUGAGCGCAGCAGCGCUAAGCGAUUGUCGCGCCGAAGACGAUACACGGUGAUACUGUCGCUGAGGUGAUACCUAUCUCGGGUGAUACCGUCAGAACUGCAUUGCUAAAUGAUGCGACCCGCGUGAACUUGUUAAUGGCAUACAGUGGCGGGCAUCUUGUGCGCGAGGUCUAGCUAGAAUGUCCGUACUUAUCCAACGAUGGUAUUUAUAUAUGUAGUGAGGAGCUGGCUGUAGCUUGUGGUCGCGGUGUCUGUUGUGAAGGUGACUGGUUAUACGCACUAUCGAGUAAAGCACCACGCCCUUGUUAACUGUUGAGUUGGAGCACCCGCGUAAGUGAUAGUGGCACGGUAUUUUGUAGAUAGCUUGUACUGUCGACUGUUGAAUGCUGGCCUUUUGUGCCGUCAUUCCGUGAUUCUGUCAGGUUUAUUUUCGGAUUCUCACUGGAGCUUGUGCAGAAUGUUUUGGCGACGGAUAAGAUGUUCACAUCGAAGCUUGAGAAGCCUCUUGCGGGUGCUUAGCCUAUGAAUGUAGAUGCUUGCGAUGUAACAUCGCUCUUGAUUAGUUACUUGCUACUGCUUUAUUUUGUCUUUCAGUUAUACUGUUUCUCUUGAUCGCUGUCGGUUGGCCAAUGAAACUCUUGCACUCCAUAUAUUGGCCUGUUAUUCAGCAUUCCUCAAUGCUUUUUAUUCAACCGGUCUGUCACGAGCGGCGCAUCAUUUACGCCACGUCUUGCCAGUACUGUCUGAUCGCCCGUGCCUCCCCGCCCGGUAUCGACCUACCUACGGCCGGUACGUACCCGGUCGAACCUCCCCCUGUACCGGCAGGAAGCCACCCCUGUGUGGUCGAUCACGGACCCUCUUUGUUGAAUCCGUACCAUCGACUUAUCAAUGCGGCAGCGGUGGCCUAACACAGACCCCAGAUUUAUCGAUGGAAUUACGCUCCCCUCCGUUCCGCACUUGGCUUCCUUUGAGCACCGGUCUGGCGAAAUCCCUCCUCAGAAAGAUGGUAUUGUGGUGUGUACAUGUAUUUACGAACUGUAAUAAAUAUAUCUAGUGCGCAUUGUCUACU